AUGGCGUCCCGCGGUCCUUCAGCCAAGCGCGGGGGAGCCGCCGCCGGGCCCGGGGGCUCUCGGGGUCCCGAGCCCCAGGGGGAGCCGCCGCCUCCGCUGCAGGCCGUGCUGGUCGCCGACAGCUUCAACCGCCGCUUCUCCCCCAUUUCCAAGGACCGGCCUCGGGCUCUGAUUCCUCUGGCAAACGUGGCCAUCAUCGAUUAUACCCUGGAAUUCCUAACUGCGACUGGAGUGGAGGAAACAUUUGUCUUUUGCUGCUGGAAGUCGGCGGAGAUCAAGGAACAUGUACAGAAGUCCAAGUGGUGCCGCUCGACUUCUCCAAACACCGUGCGGUUCGUGACCUCCGACCUCUACCGUUCGCUUGGGGACGUACUGAGGGACGUUGAUGCCAAGUCUCUUGUUCGUUCCGACUUUGUGCUCGUCUCCGGAGAUGUGGUGUCUAAUAUUAACAUUUCCAAAGCUUUACAGGAACACAGGGCGCGGCGCAAAGCAGAGAAGAACGUGUCUGUGAUGACAAUGAUUUUCAAAGAGUCUUCGCCGUUUCAUCGGGCCAGAUGCCAAGAGGACGAUGUCAUCCUUGCCAUGGACAGCGCAACAAACCGGGUCCUUCACUACCAGAAGACGCAAGGGCUGAAGCGCUUCCGGUUUCCCAUGAGCUUGUUUCAGAGCAAUACAGAAGACGUGCAAGUACGGCACGAUCUAUUGGAUUGCCACAUCAGCAUCUGCUCUCCUCAGGUGGCCGAGCUGUUCACGGAUAACUUUGACUAUCAGACUCGGGAUGACUUUGUGCGGGGCCUUUUGGUGAACGAGGAGGUUCUGGGCAACCAGAUCCACCUGCACAUGACGUCGGAAGAGUACGGGGCCCCCGUCUCCAACCUGCUGAUGUACGAAGCCGUAUCCUCCGAUGUGAUCCAGCGCUGGGUUUACCCGCUGACGCCGGAGAUGAACUUCAGUGACAACGAGAGGGGGAGCUGCACCCAUUCCCGCCACAACAUCUACCGGGGGGCGGAGGUGAGCCUGGGCCACGGCAGCUUGCUGGAGGAGAACGUCUUGAUCGGGCGGGCAACGUCCGUCGGCAACAGGUGCUCCAUUACGAACAGCGUCAUCGGCCCGGACUGCAGGAUAGGUGACGAGGUCAUUCUAGAUGGGGCGUUCCUCUGGAGCGGGGUCCGCGUCGGAGACCAUGUGAAAAUCCAGCAAUCAAUUGUCUGCGAUGAGGCAGAGGUGAAGAAAGGGGUAACGCUGAAGCCACGCUGUGUCCUCACUUCCCAGGUGGUGGUGGGCCCUGACGUCGUCCUCCCGGAAGGCACUGUCAUCUCCUUACAUCCCACCGACGAGGAAGAGGAGGACGAUGACCAGUUCAGCGACGAUUCCGGAAUGAAUAAAGAGGAGAGCAAGGCGAAGCUAAAAGGUUACAACACAGUGGAAGUCGGCUCAGAGGGCAGAGGUUACCUUUGGAAAGCAGACAGCGAGAACGAUGCAGACGAAGAGGAGCAGAGGCAGAGUCUCUGGGGCCCCGCUUUAAGCGCGGAAGAAGAAAGCGAGACCGAAAGCGACAUGAGCGAGGGGUCCGAGCAUUCAGGGAGCCGGGCAGCUUCCCCUCAGCUGGAUGAUAUCAAAGUCUUCCAGAACGAGGUGCUGGGAACUUUGCAGAGGGGAGAAGAGGAGAACAUCUCCUGCGACAACCUGGUUUUGGAGAUCAACUCUCUGAAGUACGCAUAUAACAUUGGCCUGAAGGAAGUGAUGGAGGUGCUCAGCAAAGUGGUUCUGGAGUUCCCCCUGCAGCAGAUGAACGCCGAGAAAGAUCCCCAGCACUACUGCAUGUUGGUAGUCCCUCUACUGAAAAACUGGGCUCCGGUCUUCAAGAACUACAUCAAGCGGGCGUCGGAUCACUUGGAUGCCUUACACGCCAUCGAAGAGUUCUUCCUGGAACACGAUAGCCUGUGCAUGUCCAUGGCCAAAGUGCUGAUGACUUUCUACCAGCUGGAGAUCUUGGCAGAAGAGAUGAUUCUCACCUGGUUUUCUCAACGGGACGCAUCUGAGAAAGGCAGACAGCUUCGUAAAAACCAGCGGCUUCAGAAGUUCAUCCAGUGGCUGGAGGAGGCCGAAGAGGAGUCAUCGGAGGGAGAAGAAAACUGAU